AGAAAGAGGUUCGGGGAAUAUUCAGGGUUUGAAAUAUGGGGGGACGUGCACUUUCGGGAGUCGUGUCGAGUGGACAAUGACAGUUGCAUGCUACCGCCGCCUUAGGGUUUCGUGCCUUGGGGUUGUGUCGUUUGGCGUGCAGGUGCAUUUAUUAUGAGCCUCUUGGGUUGCCGUGAGUGACUUAUAUAUAAGGUGUUGAGGUGGGGCUCUUUGCCUUAUACUUUCUCUGCAUCGCCUCUAGUCUUUCUUCUCUGAGCCGAAUACUCCUAAAAGGUUGGUUUUAUUUUUUGAUCUUAGUGAUAAUGGCCACCGAAGGUGUUACAUUGUCGUCAGGGUUCUCGGCCAGCGAGGGGGGAUCGGCCCAAAAUCCGGAUGCCGAGAUAUUGGCGUUUAACGCCGAAGUAGAGACGAUUGGGGGUCUUAGUGAGUCGGGCCCCGAGCGUAGUGGGGAAUCGGGGACUUCCUCUGGGUCGGAAUUGCCCGAUGCCGAAAUGAGUCCCGGGGAUUAUAGGCAAAAAUUUCCCCCCUGUGAGGUCCCCGGGUACGACUGGGUUGAUGGUGAAGUGGCGGCCUACUUCUCCCGUUUUCAUGAGAGGGCCGCCGUGAUACGCCUUCUUAGCCUUUGCACGUUGGGCCGAUGGGAAGGUUGGGACCCUUAUCCGAUCAUGCUUCGACGAUGCCGAGCCGAAGGACCUGGGGAGCUCGAUCUGGUUUUCCUUGCGAAGCGGGAAGAGCAGGGGGAUUUCUUUUACAUGUACGAGUGUUUCUUUCGGGAGUUAGGGAUGUCGCUUCCUUUUGAUGAUUUUCAGAUGGGGGUCCUUCGUGUAUUAAACGUAGCUCCGACCCAGUUGCACCCGAACGCGUGGGCUUAUAUGCAAGCGUUUCGGGUGUUAUGUAAAUACCAUUACGUAGAGCCGACUGUAGGUUUGUUUUUGCAUUUCUUCUGUACACGUCCGUCUAAUAAGACGAUUAAGUGGUUGUCGCUAAUUCGGAACCCCGACCGACCACUGUUGACACCCUUUACGUCUUCCUUUAAGGGCUUCAAGUCAGGGUUUGUGAAGGUAAUCAUAGACCCUGUAGCCGGCAGAAAUUAUUUUUACGAUGCCGAUGGGAAGCCCCUUUUUCCUUUUUAUUGGACUCGUCAGCCUCGGAAGUACGAUGACUUCCCCGAGGAUAUGAUGACCGAUGCCGAAUUGUCGGCCUUAAGCGUUCUUAAGGGAUUGCCGAGGUGCAUCCCGUCUCGGUUUCUGGUGCUGCUUCCCAAAUCGCCUCGGCCUCGUUUUGAGUUAGAGGGUUGGAUGGCGCAGCAAGGUUUGGGCUUGUCAUACCGGCAGUUAAUGAGGAGCAGGGCUCCGGCUGGGUCCUCUGCUGAAGAUCAUCGCAGUGUCGCGAUUGAUUCCCAGCCGCAAGUGAUGGAGGCUCCCCAACCGGCGCCCCCUGUUAUUGCUCUUCCCGACCCAAAGAGCAGGAAGAGAAAAGACAAAGGAAAGAAAAAAGCUGACGCAGCCGGUCCGGAGGUGCCACGGCCGAAGCAGCGCAGGGUUGAAGGGUCUUCGUCGAACUUGGCGGUCCCUUCGGCCAUUGUGGCCAAAGACUUUUUGUCUGAAGAGAUCCGGCCGUCGAGGAUGAUGUCGUCGGAUUUGCUGUCGGCUCAAGGUCACACGAUGCUUGACUCGGCCUCUCCCUCGGCACGAUGGGCUAUGGCCUGUGAGUUACAUGUGCGGGCAACGGCCAUUUUUAGGAAGAUGGCCUUGGAGCCGAUGGGUGAUCUUCAUAACCUCCAGAAGAGUUUGGAGGAUACUAAGGCGACCCUUCAACAAUCCCUAUCGGCACAAGAGGCGCUUUCCAACGACCAGGCCGCGUCCGAUGCUGAGAUUGCCCGCUUAAAGGGGGCGUUCGCGGAGAUGGAGGCUCGGGCCUUGGCGGCUGAGGAGGGGGCGGCGGAGGGGGCAAGAGUCCGAGAGGCAAAAGAGGCCGCUGCUCGGGAGGAGGAAAUGAAAGCCGAGGCCGAUGCUGCUAUGGCCGCUUUUCGGGCUGAAUGCGAGGAUAAAAUU